AUGCUAUCACGUAGUCACGUGUGGCGGCCUUUGAUAACAUAUGAUGUCGAAAACACUGUCAAAAACUGUAGUACUUGUCAACUAACGCAGAACGCGCCACCACGUGUUCCAUUAUUAACGUGGGGUUGGCCAACGCGCAGAUGGCAAAGGGUGCAUCUUGAUUUUGCAUUCCGGGAUCAGAACUGGUUUUUGAUUGUCGUAGAUGCUCAUUCAAAGUGGGUAGAGGUGUUUCUAAUGAGUUCCACUACGACAAAAUGUACUAUCGAAAGAUUGCGAAGUGUUUUCGCCGCGUUUGGACUACCAGAAGAGGUAGUGACAGACAAUGGACCCCAGUUUGUGGCGACAGAGUUCGUAGAGUUUCUGUCGAUGAAUGGGGUACGCCACACGAAAAGUCCUCCGUACCAUCCCGCCUCAAACGGAAGCGCGGAACGGUGUGUGCAAACCAUCAAGCGGGACCUCCUGAGGCAGGUAAUCGACGAGCAACGGACGGGUGUACCGAAAUCGAUGCAACAUCGAGUCGACCAGUUCCUGUUUGCAUACAGAAACACCCCAACUGGUACGACCGACAGAACUCCAGCCGAGCUGUUUCUCUCUUGGAAGCCUAGGACCCGUCUGAGCUUCCUUCAUCCUGAAAUGGAGAGACGCAUGAGAGAUCGCCAGCAACAAAUCAAGACAGCCGCCGACAUGAGAAGAGGCUCUUGGCGAACUUUCGAAGAAGGCGACCAAGUCCUCGUCCGGGGAUCACGUCCGACAGAUCCUGCAUGGUUGGCGGGACGUGUUGAAGAAACGCUUUUUGCGUCGUGGUACGUGGACUCCGCCAUCGUCCGGCUGAACGACGCGGGACAGGAGAAUGCAGCCGUGGCUUUCGGCAGCGACGUCGCCUACCCCACGGACAUCCCAGAAACCGUCAAGGGGCUCCAGGACCAAAACAAUUACAGUACUGUAGACCCCGAUCUGGAAGACGGGCAUCAUGGAAGACUGUUGAAGAAAAACGAAGACUUUGCCCAGUGA